ACUUAUUGACAAAGCAAUGGGCAGUAGCUCUUUGCUCUUUGCUAAGAAGAGUAAUUUAGCUUAUAUCCCUACAUAGAAACAGUAUUAAGUAAAUACACAUGAUUUGAUGUAUAGGUAAAUUACUAUAGAUUUUUAACUUGAAUUUCCAAAAUUAUCUCUAUUUCGCUCUUUUUUUUCUUAUGUUUUUUUUUGUCCUUGCAAUCUGUGCUUUUUUUUCUUUCACACUUUCCUUUCCCUAAAUUUUUCAGUAAGAUAACAUUUUAUCCUCUUUCACUUUUUUUUUUCUUCAUAAUCAAGUAUUUAAGUUCAUCUAAUUUGAUGGAGAAAACCAAUUCUCCAUAGAAACAUAUUACUCUCAUCUCCUUUGCACUCACCAGUCUCCAUUCUAAAUUUUCAACCGCCAUCGAUUCUGUUUUUCAAUCGCCAUCGAUUCUGUUUUUCAAUCCCAAACCUCUGUUGAUAUCUUCUCUUCUUUAUCUCAUCUUGACCAUCGUUUCUCAAUUUUUGAAUCUUUUCCUCUACUCAUUUUUUGGUAUCAAACUAUGAAUCAGUUAACGAAACAUAUAUCAUAUAACAAUUCAUGUAUCAUAUAACAUAUUAACUCACAAACCAUGUAUCAACCCAUUUCUCUGCUAACAUACCAAAUAUUAAAUAAUGUAGAAGUUGACAGAUCAUUUAUCAAUGCUUUGGUAUUAAACUAUGUAUUGGUUAACAAAAUAUGUACCAAGUAACAAAUUAUUAUCGGAUAAUAAACCAUUAUCAAACAUUUUAAUGAAUAAAUUAUUUAAAUAUAUCUGUAUAUACAUAUAUUUCUUAAUUAUUCAGGAAAAUUCUACAAAAAAAAAUGAGCUCAAACAUCAAACUAGAUGUACAGAGAAGUCCAUUUCAGUUUGAAUGAUCCAUGGAUACAUGCAUCUUGUUAAGGCCAGCAAUACAGAAAAAUCAAUCUCAAUUCUUAAAUCAUUCACUAAAGGUGAAACGUCUUAUUAAUCAGUGGGAUCUCUCUUGAAAUAUGGAUUUGCUUAACACAUAUAUCCGAACUGUCCUAUGAAAAUUCUCUGACCAGAUUUACUUGCACCAUGUUGAAGAUCUCUUGUACGCUUUUCUUCUGUAAUCUAUAUUAAUAAAUAGUUCUCUCAUGGACUUUAAAUCUGAAUUUCCUGUAAUCUGUAAAAAAUUGCAACUCCAGACCUGAGUGUAAAAGUCUUUAAACCUUAACCAGUAGACUACGGUGCUUCCUAGUUAUUAUUGUAAAAUAACAUCAAGCUAGAUGUAACAAAAUAUAAUAAUAGAUAUGUUUCCUUAAAUUAACGAUCGUGGAUCAUUUUGGUCAACAUACAAUGAUGCCAUUUGGGAAAGAUAUCAUAAAAUAUAUGGUAAUAUGUUCAUUACAAUUAGCAAGUAAGGAGACCGAAUCAAUGGAGUUUUAUUAGGAUUUGUCUCUUUGCACGGUUAAAGUAUAAAUUCUACUAAUACUCAUCAUCAUUUUAUGUAAUCUCCAUUGAAAUUGAAAAAAUAGAGUAACAUAUAAUUCAGAAAAAGAUGGCGAAACGAGCAUCUUCCUUUUGUCUUCUCUCAUGUAUCGUUGUCUUCUUACUCGGUUUAGUCUCAGCAGCCACAGAUAAUCGUCAAGAUAAACAGGUGUACGUUGUUUACAUGGGUUCACUUCCGUCUCGACCGGAUUACACACCAAUGUCGAAUCACAUAAGUAUUCUUCAAGAAGUCACUGGAGAAAGUUCGAUGGAAGGUCGUUUGGUGCGAAGUUAUAAGAGGAGUUUUAACGGGUUCGCUGCCCGACUCACCGAGUCAGAACGAGAACAACUAGCCGAAAUGGAGGGAGUUGUGUCUGUGUUCCCGAACAAGAAGUUACAACUCCAAACGACUGCGUCUUGGGACUUCAUGGGGUUAAAGGAAGGAAAGAAUACAAAGCGAAACUUGGCAGUAGAGAGUGAUACUAUUGUCGGAGUCAUCGACUGUGGUGUUUGGCCAGAAUCGGAGAGCUUCUCGGGCAAAGGAUUUGGUCCGCCUCCGAAGAAAUGGAAAGGUGUUUGCUCAGGCGGCAAAAACUUCACUUGCAACAACAAGUUGAUCGGAGCAAGAGACUACACAGGCGAAGGCACCAGGGACCUCGACGGCCACGGUACACACACAGCGUCUACAGCUGCUGGAAACGCAGUUACGGGCGCAAGCUUCUUUGGAAUAGGUAACGGAACAGCGAGAGGCGGCGUUCCAGCUGCUAGGAUAGCUGCUUACAAUGUUUGCACCGACACAGGGUGUAAAACAGAUGCUAUACUGUCUGCAUUCGAUGACGCAAUAGCCGAUGGUGUCGAUGUUAUUAGCGUAUCCCUUGGGGAUGACAAUGCCAUCCCGUACGAAAAGGACCCCAUUGCAAUCGGGGCUUUUCACGCUAUGGCCAAAGGGAUUAUCACUGUGAAUGCAGCCGGCAACAGCGGUCCAACUCCGAACUCGGUUGCGAGUGUCGCACCGUGGAUAUUAACAGUUGCAGCCAGCACAACCAACCGUGAGUUUCUCACCAAAGUUGUUAUCCAAAACGGCAAGACACUUGUGGGAAGAUCGGUGAAUGCUUUUGAUCUGCAAGGAAAGAACUAUCCUCUUGUCUUCCAAGAAUCUCAGGCCAAGGGAAAAAUAUUGGUGAGCGAAUAUUCAUUUAGUUCAAAAACAGCUGUUGCAACCAUAAUUGAAGGCUACAACAACUACGCCACCAUUAGCCCUCGUCCCCUCUCUGCUCUAUCAUCAGAUGACUAUGACUUUCUCCUCUCUUACAAUAAGUCCACAAAGUCGCUACAAGGCACUGUUCUAAAAAGUGAAGCAUUCUUUAAUCAGAGAGCUCCUAAAGUUGUUUCCUUCUCUUCUCGUGGUCCAAACACCCUUGCUGCUGACCUUCUAAAGCCGGAUAUAACUGCACCAGGAGUGGAGAUUCUUGCUGCAUAUUCACCUUUAAGUCCACCAUCUUUAGAAGACCAGAGACGUGUGAAGUACUCUGUUCUAUCUGGAACUUCAAUGUCUUGUCCACACGUUGCUGGCGUGGCUGCGUACAUCAAGACUUUUCAUCCUGACUGGUCUCCAUCCAUGAUCCAAUCUGCCAUCAUGACAACCGCUUGGUCGAUGAAUGCUUCUGAAACUGGGGUUGCAUCAACCGAGUUCGCUUAUGGAGCUGGCCAUGUGGACCCAAUAGCUGCUCUAAAUCCUGGACUUGUCUACGAACUGGACAAAGCAGACCACAUCACCUUUCUCUGCGGCUUGAAAUACACUUCCAAAACCCUUAGACUCAUUACCGGUGAAGCCAUCACUUGCACUGGAAAGACCUUACCAAGAAACCUCAACUAUCCUUCAAUGACGGCUAAACGUGCUAGAUCAAAUAGCUCCUUCACCGUCACUUUCAACAGAACCGUCACCAACGUCGGUAUCCCCAACUCUACAUACAAAUCGAUGAUUGUCUUAAAUCAGGGUUCUAAGCUCAAUGUCGAGGUUACGCCUAAUGUCCUGUCUAUGAUGUCAGUGAAGGAGAAGCAGGCUUUCACCGUGACUGUUUCAGGCAGCAACAUCGACCCAAAGCUGCCUUCUUCUGCAAGUUUAAUAUGGUCUGAUGGCACCCAUAAAGUUAGAAGCCCCAUUGUUGUUUAUACUGAUAUUCCUGAUUCAAUCUGAUAAUAUUAAUUAAUAUAAUAAAUCAAUAUAAUCCUUAUGUUUUAGUAA